AUGGCACCUCUUGAGAAUGGCACCAAAGUCAAUGGUUCAUUUCCUGAACACUUCGGGAAUUUUGAUCUGGUGAAACGGCUGAAGCUGGACUUUGCGGACAUUCUGGUCUCGAAGUGGAAGAGUCGGAUCACUGGACUGUCUGUGGUCCACUUAGAUUAUGAGGCUCCCAUUGUUAACGGCUAUUUCGUCAUUGGGACUGAGAUUUUCAUGGGAUCGGAGAAAUAUCCGUACAAGGGGAUCAUAGAUAAUCUCGCUAACCGUGGUUUCUCAAACGGUACCAAUGCCUGGACUGAUACGGACCAUACCGCAUAUACUGUGUCUACGGCUGGAGAGCAGGGCUUCCUUCAACUACUUCCGAUAUACGUCGAUCAUAUACUGUAUCCUACCCUGACGAAGGCUGGGUUCGUUACAGAAGUGCAUCAUAUAGAUGGUCAGGGUAAAGACUCUGGGGUAGUUUAUAGUGAGAUGCAAGGGCGGCAAAAUACGCCACAAGAUAUUAUGGCACUCCGUAUGCAGCGCUUACUCAACCCCAAAGGAAGCGCAUAUCGUAGUGAAACUGGCGGCCUCAUGGAAGCCCUCAGGGUGUUGACGAUCGACCAAAUUCGGGACUAUCAUCACCAGUAUUAUGUGCCCCACAACCUCUCCUUGAUUGUCGCAGGAAAGCUUGCCUCGGGUACUACAUCUCUUCUGAAGGUUGUGCAGGAUAAGAUAGAGCCAUCUAUCAUUGAGCAUGGUCAAAACCACGGCACUCGGCCUGAUGGAUGGAAGCGCCCUUUCGUGGAGACAGUCAGUGCACAACGUGGUCCUAUUUCGGAGACAAUUCAAGACACAGUGGAAUUUCCAGAAAAGGACGAGAGUGUGGGUGAGCUGUAUCUUGGCUUCAUGGGUCCGCCAUCAAAUGCAUUCCUGGAGAGAAAGGCUCUCGACAUCCUUGCAACCUACUUGACGUCGUCUGCCGUGGCCCCUCUAAAUAAAGAGUUUGUUGAGAUAGAAUCUCCUCUCUGCACGUAUAUCUACUUCGGCGAGGAUACACGUGCGACUUACGUGGAUCUACCCGUUUACAUUGGCUCAAUCCCUACGGAACAUCUGGACACUUUCGACAAGAGGCUCAAGGAUAGUCUUCAGCGGAUUGUCGAAGCGGGAGUCGACAUGGAGCGGAUGACAAUGAUAAUUGAUCGCGACGAACGACAGCUCCGUAGCAAAGUUGAAACCUCAAAAGGUGAUACAUUUUCUGGAACCGUUAUCACAGACUUCUUGUAUGGGGCCGAAGAUGGAUCGGAGCUCGGUCCUUCUAUGGACGAAAUUAACCAAUAUGCUCAACUUCGUAAGUGGUCAAGUAAACAAUGGACGGAUAUUCUGAGAAGGUAUUAUAUUGACCCUCCUUGUAUCGUGGUUCGAGGCAAACCUUCCAGCGCAAUGGCUGACAAACUAGAACAGGAAGAGAAAGCUCGGAUUGCAGCGCAGAAAGAUCGGCUAGGACCAGAUGGGCUUGCGCAGGCUGAGAAGGAGCUCGAGGAAGCGAAGCAAGAACAUGAUCGAGAGAUUCCGACGGAUAUCCUGACGUCUUUCCCAGUUCCCGAUGUGAAGAGCAUUUCGUGGAUCCCAGUGCAAAGCUUGCAGGAAGUAGGAGAGGGCAAGGGGCGGAAGAAGACGGUACCACAGUCUGGAAAUGCCGAACUUGCGAAACACGUUACGAGCGAUGGCCAGCCUGUGCCAUUUUUCGUUCAAUAUGACCAUGUUCAGUCCGAUUUCGUCACUAUCAACGCCUACUUCUCUCUGGCUAACUUACCCGACCGACUACGUCCCCAUAUGGCAGUUUAUCUCUCUGCCUUCUUCUCCUUACCAGUCAAUAGAAGCACUGGAGAACAACUCACUCAUGAACAGGUCGUGAACCAGCUCGAUAAUGAUACUGUUUCCUAUGAGUCAUCCCUUGGUGUGGGUACAGCUUUCAUGGAGACGCUACGCGUAACCAUCAAAGUUGAAUCUGGGAGGUACGAAGCGGCAGUUGCAUGGUUGAAGGAUCUGGUAUAUGGCAUUCAAUUCGACAAGGAUCGCUUGCAAGUCACUAUUGCCAAGGUCCAGCAAUCUUUGCCUGAACUCAAACGUGAUGGUGACACAGUGCUGUCUUCCAUAUCUUCCGAGCUGUUGUACAGCGAGAACUCGACGUCUAGACAUGGCGGGGUUCUUCCACAGAUUAAGUUCAUUCCUAUGCUCGCGCAGCAGCUUCAAGAUUCGCCGCAGGAUGUUAUCAAUGAUUUUGAGGCAAUCAGGAAGCAUUUGACCGACCCCUCUGGUGUGCGUAUCUCGGUAGCUGGUAACAUUGUAGCUCUAAAGCAACCUCGAAGCGUUUGGAGCAAAUACUUCUCGGAUGUUCUCCCCGCAGCUGAAUUGGCACCUGUUGCUCUGGCCGUCGAUACUCUCAGCUCCCUGGGCAAAAAUCCGGUUGGGAAGGCCGUAGUAGUCAGCUUGCCUACCAUCGAAAGCUCUUAUGUGUCACACACGUCGAAAGGAAUUCAAGGGUUCGCUCACCCAGAAUAUCCGGCUCUUCGAGUAGCGCUUGAGGUCCUUAAUGCAACAGAGAGUUAUUUAUGGCGUUACAUUCGUGGAUCAGGGCUUGCGUAUGGUGCACAUGUGUCCAUAGACUUAGAGGCUGGUCUCAUUGGCUUCGGUUUGUAUCGUAGCUCUAACUACAUGAAAGCCUUCGAACAAGCCAAGUCGGUUAUAGAAGGUCUUGUUGAUGGCUCAAUUAAUCUCGAGGACACGACACUAGAUGCUGCGAAAAGCAGCAUCGUGUUUGGCGUUACGAAGGGCGUGUCAACGCCCGGACGUGCGGCACUAUCAUCGUUCAUGAAUCAAGCUUUGAAGGGUGUUUCUCAAAACCACAGUAUAAGUCUUCUAGAGAAAUUCCGAAUAGUCACCAAGGCAGAUGUCCUUGCCGCAUUGCGGACACAUUUCCUUCCACUCUUCGACCCUUCUUCUUCUGUUGCUGUAGUGGUUACAGCACCCUCGACAGCCGAUGAGAUUGGAUUGGGACUCGGCGCAGCGGGCUUCGAGGUCGAGCAGAGGCAGUUGGAGGUCGACGCAGACGAGGAUGGCGAAUACGAGGAUGGCAGCGACAGUGGCAGUGAUGAAAGCGAUAGUCGCUCCAGCAGCGGAGCAUAG